AUGGAUGCGCCAAUGUCAGGCAUUCAGUCGUACGUCGGAAAUAGCGCCAAAAAUGGCUUAUCGGGCGAGCUUAACCUUCCGGAGCGAAGCGUCUCGAUGAUAGUGAUCGGUUCCACAGCAACAAGAGACUCGAACUUUGUGCCAUCAAAUGUUAUUGGGAACAACAGACGAGUUUGCCCGGCCGUAAUCGUAACAUCUGCUUCACCCGAGAAACACCAAUCAGAACCUCUGGAAGUUGAUGUUUUGUCAUCCCCAACGCCUAAAAUCGACCAAGAAAUCGAUGAAAAUAAUGAAAAUGUUUCUCUUCUUCGUAUGGAUGAGGAAGCCGAUGAAGAAUUAUGA